AUUGUUUUGCAAGCAUAACCAAGAACACAAUCUUUCAAGUUCAAAGUUUAGUUAACCUACAAAAAAAUAAGAGGGGCGAAAUUUAGAUCCUGACAUGGCUCUAAAUAUAUCCGGAAAGUUGUUCGGUGGUGUACUGUGCAAUGGCAAUACAUUCGUGCGUUUUCAAAGUGUUUUGGCGACGAAAUUGAUGUAUGCUGAGUACGGAGAUCCGUGUAAGGUCGUUCAGAAAUGCGAAGAACCUCUACCCGACAUCAAAGGCUCUGAUGUAUUAAUCCGCAUGCUUGCCGCCCCAGUAAAUCCUGCUGAUAUAAACACCAUCCAGGGUAAAUAUCCGUCGCGCCCUGAAUUACCGGCAGUUCCUGGCAACGAAGGGGUUGGUGAGGUCGUCCAAGUAGGAAGCGACGUUACCGACUUCUGUCCCGGUGAUCGUAUAGUCCCCCUAGCAAACUUGCUGGGAACUUGGAGGAGUCAUGCAGUUUUGAAUUCCCGUCAACUUUUGAAGAUCCCCAAAGAGUUGGGCAUUGUUGAAGCAUCAACUUUAACUGUGAACCCAUGUACGGCCUACAGAAUGCUCAAGGACUUCGCCGAUCUGAAGGAAGGCGAUGUCGUCAUUCAGAACGGAGCGAAUUCCGCGUGCGGUCAGAACGUAAUCCAAUUGGCGAAUAUUUGGGGUUUGAAGACGGUCAACAUCGUCAGAGACAGGCCCAAGAUUGGCGAGUUGAGAAAUUUCCUGAAGCAGCUUGGAGCUACCGAAGUAUUAACCGAAGAAGAGCUUAGGAAAACCGAUUUGUUCAAGAGCAAAAAGCUACCUAAACCUAAGCUUGGAUUGAACUGCGUCGGUGGUAAGAACGCUCUGGAAGUAAUGAGGCAUCUGAACCAUGGCAGUUCGAUCGUGACGUACGGAGGCAUGUCCAGAGAACCUGUGACAGUUCCAACCUCGGCUCUGAUCUUCAAAGACAUCAAGGUCAGAGGAUUCUGGAUGACCGAAUGGACUAAACGGAAUGUCGACAGUCCUCAGCGCAAGGAGAUGUUCGAGGAGCUGAUUAAGUACAUGUGCGAGAAGAAGCUGCACGGACCUGCCUACAAGAUGGUAGAGUUCCAGAACUUCAGGGAGGCUCUGAUGAACACGAUGACGAUCAAGGGUAUGAUCGGACUCAAGUACAUCCUGGACUUCGAGAAAUGCUGAACGCUGCUGCCUGCACUUAUCGAAGAUGAAUCUGUAACAAAUGUAUUUUGUAAUUUAUAUGGAAAACUGAAAAAUAAAAAUCAAUAACACAAUCUUAAUUACGGCCGCGCGGAGUUUUC